CAGUUCGCAGCCUCAGCGUGGCAGUGUGCUCUUCAGCUAAAGCUAGAGAUGGCUAUCUCAUAGGACCGACAGCGGCUGGGAUAUCUCCUUCUAGAUGUUCAGACGACGUUCCAUGGGGUCAUUGUAACCCAAGACUGGAUUCGCCCUGUCAGCACCGCACCUGGCCAUCGCCUCCACCUCUGGACAAUGGCCUCGUGGCGCCAGCAGGGAUCCAUUGGAUGCUGCCGAACGUUAUAUCAUGGACAGGUCGGCGGUCCUUGCCGGCCACUGGAGCAACUUUGUAUCACUCUGCGUCGCCGCCCUCCUUUCACUGGCUCUCUGCGGCACCAAACGUAUCCUUCACUGCACGACGCAUUCCGUCCCGCCAACUCACUGUACUCUGCCACUACUGCGUCCUUGUGGUCUGCUUCGCACAGCGUUGUGUCAGCAUCCGAGCGUUCCGCCGUCCAUACAUAGAGGAACGCAUUCCUCACUCCUGUCGAGUGGCACCUCCAACUCCAAAGUCAUCCUGCAGGACGUCCAAAUCAACCCCUACUCUUCGCUCCAGGCGAUCUCAUAGCCGCAGCCUAUUGAUGUCGGUUGAUCUCCGUCAAGCCUUCACUUCGCUACGCUUCCCAUCUCGGGUCGAAUCCGUCUCGAGAACCCAGUUAUCUAGAGUCCAUACAGGGGACAGUAAUCGUCCCGCUGAAACGUAGACCUGCUGGAAAAGGUAUACCAGGCCUGCAACUGACUGCUUUGGCUCUCACUCUGUUGUGGCCGUAUCUUCACCUAGAACUAACCGAUGAAACAGUUUUGUGCUUGAACUAGGACUGACACCUUCAAUCCCAGUUUUAGUGACACAGAACCACGGCCACUGCGCCUGUAUUCGGACGAAGCUAUCACGCUGGCUUGUUAUACGGCUGUUCCCAUUACCAAAAGAAGCGGCAGAUCGCACUUGAACACUAGUAG